AUGUAUCCGACAUCCGGACAAAAUAACGUCGAUGUGUGCGUAUGGAAAUCGUCGAGACAUUUGAAGCGUGCCAAAGUCGUAACGCCUUCGAAACAUGAGUUUUUGCAGCAAACUCAUGAAAAGGAGAGAACGAUCGCAUCUCAUGAAAUUUUUAAAUCGACAUGGCAAAAUAAUUUUUCUUCCCCAGUUGAAGAUUUGUUAAAUGCAGGUGGUGCAAAAGUUCUUGACGCUGGCUGCCAUCCCGCCGCGCCUUGGUUAAUGGAUAUGGCAAAAGAAUAUAGAAAUUGUAAAUUUUUUGGUACCGAUAUUUUACCCAUUCCUGAACCAAAAAACAAACCAAAGAAUCUUAACUUUUAUCAAUGUGAUACCUUGAUUGGAUUACCUUUUGAAAACAAUAUCUUUGAUUGCCUCAUGGAGUUUGAUGAUAAAUUCUGGAAUGGUGGUCCUGAAGGAAUAGAUCCCUAUAUUGCAUACAAGGUUAGAAUUAAUAGCAACAUUCAACAUGAAGAAAUAAGAUUUUAUUUCGGAAUGCCCGGAAGAAUUGGUGAAUUGAUCAAUUCCCAUUAUUCCAGAUUAUUCACAAGUUAUAAAAACCCCAUCGUUGAUUUCGUAGAUGAUUUAAGUUAUGAUGAUUAUGAUGAAAUGAUUGAAAAGGUUCUCGAAGAAUUUGAUGAGAAUCAUACUUCAAUUAAAACUAGUAGAGAUUAUGAACAUAAAAUUUAG